CCCCUGAUCAGAGGAAGGUCAAGAGGAACCCCAAUUUCCAUCCGACCAAGCAUAGAUCCGUCCUGAUAUUUCCUCUCACUCUCCCGCAUCUUCCUCUCCCGCCGCAUUGGCUUUGUGCCGUCGCAGUCCUGUAUUAGCAGUACCUGGCCGCCUUUACGCGCCCAGUCCGAGCCCGGUCCGGUCGUUUUCUGUUGCCCAUCGCGCCAACAGCCACACCCGCCCGAGGCUCCUUUUUGUCUCCACCAGCCCCAGCUGGCCGUGGACAAAAACGACCCCUCCUCGCUAGCGCCCAGCUUCUCCAGCAUCGCGAAGGAGAACGGCUGCUGCCUCCACGCUCGAACGCCUGAUCGACCGCUCCUUUCAAGGACCAGGCCGGCCAGAUCGACGACUGUUGAAAAGCACGUAUUCGUCCGAUUAGCGACCUGCGCGCUCUCUUCCUGUCUCCGCACACCGCUCAAUCAGACGGCAGGAGCCGCGCCAGUGUGGUCCUUGUCGCCUGCCCCCGCCGCGGCUUUUGCUUUGCUUUCCCGCGACCGAUUUUUGGAUUCCCCUUCCUUUCCACGCGGCCUUGGCACUUCCUCUUGCCCUCUCCCAUCGACCUCGUCUCCGCGCUCGGCUCUCGAGCGGAGCUUUGCUUUCCUCCCUUGUUUGCUUUUCUCCUUCCAUCCCACAUCAUCUCACCAUGGCCACACAACCCGCAACACAGGGCACGGUGCAGCCCUGCAGAUACAAGGUCGGCAAGACGCUGGGCGCCGGGUCGUACUCGGUCGUCAAGGAGUGCGUACACAUCGACACGGGCCGCUACUAUGCCGCCAAGGUAAUCAACAAGAGGUUGAUGGCGGGGCGGGAACACAUGGUCCGCAACGAAAUCGCCGUCCUCAAGAAGGUCUCGAUGGGUCACCAGAACAUCCUCACCCUCGUCGACUACUUCGAGACCAUGAACAACCUCUACCUCGUGACCGACCUCGCCCUCGGCGGCGAGCUCUUCGACCGUAUCUGCCGCAAGGGCUCGUACUACGAAUCGGACGCUGCCGACCUGAUCCGCGCCACCCUCUCGGCCGUUGCUUACCUGCACGACCACGGCAUCGUGCACCGCGACCUGAAGCCCGAAAACCUACUCUUCCGAACCCCCGAAGAUAAUGCGGACCUGCUGAUCGCCGACUUCGGCCUGUCGCGCAUCAUGGACGAGGAGCAGUUCCACGUGCUCACCACGACGUGCGGCACUCCCGGGUACAUGGCGCCCGAGAUUUUCAAGAAGUCGGGCCACGGGAAGCCCGUCGAUGUUUGGGCCAUCGGCGUCAUCACGUACUUUCUGCUCUGCGGAUACACGCCCUUUGACCGCGAUAGUGACCUUGAGGAAAUGCAGGCCAUCCUCAAUGCCGACUACGCCUUCACCCCGGUGGACUACUGGCGGGGCGUCUCGGACCAGGCCAAGGAGUUCAUCCGCCGGUGCCUGACGGUCGACCCGGUCAAGCGCAUGUCGGCGCACGAGGCGCUCCAGCACCCCUUUGUCGCCGGAUUCCUGGCGAGCGACGACAAGGGCCAGAACCUGCUACCCACGGUCAAGAAGAACUUCAACGCCCGCCGCACCCUGCACGCCGCCAUCGACACGGUGCGCGCCAUCAACAAGCUGCGCGAGGGCGGCCUGGGCCUCCAGGGCCAGCGCCUCAUGAACGGCGGCAACGCCCGCGAGCCCGAAAGAGCCAAGGCCGCUGCCGCCGCCGCCGCCGCCGUGGUGGCUAAGAAGGCCGAGCAGCAGAAGGACUCCGGGUACGGCAGUGGUCCUGCGGGCGCAAAAGACAGCAGCGGCGACGUUGCCAUGGGAGACGCACCGCCGUCAUCCCACCCUGCUGCCCUCAGGCCUGGGGUCGAGGCCAACAAGGUGGUCGAGACGUCCAAAGGGCUCUGGACCGGCGUUGGCAGUCGGGUCUGAAGGUCGCGUGGUAGAAAUCAUGGCCGAUUUCUCCUCCAAUCUCUUACUUUCUUUUUAUUUGUUCCCUUUUCUCAAAUGUAUGCCAGACGAAGAUGGUACGGUGCACGCGGGCUUCACCAAUUAUAUUAUUGAUAUCUUUCUGUUGUUCUUUUUUUCACCAUUUGCCCGGGGGUUUUUUGGGCACACGACGGCCACGUUAUCUUGUCGGAAGAAGUUUAUAUGACGAUACCAUGGAGUACCAGAAACCUGAGAAUUGCGGAUUAUGAAGCCCAUCUUUGCAGCAACGCUUUCUGAAGAGACUGAUUCGGACGGGAUUUUCCUGCUUUUUUUGCAAUACUGACGUUGAAGCCAGACUUUUGAGGUUGUAUGAAUGUGGGAACUCUAAUGCUAGGCGUGCUAGGGUUGAUGUCAGCUUUAGGAUAGGGAGUACAUGCAACUCCAAUUUGAUUGCUAGCGAUAAACCCUUAUUUUACGAUAGCCUCCAUCACGGCGGGCUUGUUAUGUGCCACCGUGGGCCGAC